CAUACUCCAUAUACCAUCAUACCAGACACUUUCAACAGCGUCAUUUGUCGCAUAAACAGCAUUCAUCGGCUCACACAGCACAAAUCACAUACGACUACUAUGGCAUCUGACAACGCCCCAUUCCCCUUCAUGGAGCUCCCCAUGGCAAUCCGCUUCAUGGUCUAUGAAAGAAUCCCCCGUCGAAUUCUGUACGAUCGACUCCGAAUCCCCACUUUUGGCGAGGCUCUUCUCGUAUGCCGUGUCACCGACACUGCAAUCCUGGAAACGAGCCGACAGAUCAGGCACGAGGCAAUGCACUUCGUCCAGCGCACUGUGGAUCGAUACGUGCUGGAGCAGACACCGCGGCUUUUCGUGUCCGACGUGGCCCACAAUCCGGUGCUCCGCACCAUUAUGCACGCCACAAGACUCCAAAUCCAAGCAAUCGACGCGGGCAACUUCGGGUUCCAGCUGCCGUCCCUCGCAAUGAACAAUCACUUCCCCGAAGCCCAAGAAGACGAACAAAAGUUCCGACAAUUCAUCAGGACAUCCGUCAGUCAACUCAUGCCCCACAUCAGGAACUACCGUAGACUUCGUGCCGCACACCAAGCCCAACAUGCCGGAAACCCAAAUCCCCCUGCCUUCGACGCAGCAAUUCCCGGAUACCAAAUCGUGCUACUCCAGAACCCAGGAGGAUACGCGCGCUCGAACGACAUUUGGCGCGCUGCUAGAGCUAUCGGCAACUCCAUCACCGCAGCAGGUGCUGUCGCACCCCCAGAGGUAUCAUUGUCAAUUGCAGGUGCGGUGCCGCGCAUCCACCUCCACCAUUACGGUACGUUUUCCCCCACCACCAUCCCCCGCAUGCUUCCAGGUGGCCUGCCAAGCCAUCCUGUGGUGAGCCCUCUCCACAUCACACUGCUGCCUGAGAUGAGUUGGGAGGAGUGGGUGGUGAAUUGGUUGGACUAGCUUGGGAGAUCGGUCGUCUGCGUCGGUGUUCCCUUGCGUUUGCUUUCUUUUUUCUGUUAGUAUAUCUUUGUGUACCAUAAUAUCAUGUACGAUAAUGAGUUUUCUCAAUAAUGCUCGAUGAUUCUCUUUCUUCUCACAAUAUGUGACCCAUCACGUGACUUUCUGCUACACUAUGUCAAUGUUUCUUCCCAGUCUUAUAGGAUAUCUUUCCAAUAACCGCUUUGACAGUCCAAUAGUCUUUCUAUGUGUGUUAUAUGCCUUAUCACAUACUUGGAUAUC